AUGCUUACCUUCCUGGUGCGGCGGGCCAGCUUCUUCGUUGUUUUGACCGACAAUGCUUUUGAAGUCGGCCCGACGUACAGCAAAGUCGUCGAGGUCCAUGUUUGGGCAAGCAUCGCGAUGUGGAGUUUGGCAGCCGUGCAAGUCCUGGGUGAGCAGCUGCGUCGGCGGCGCGACCUUGCUUGGAUCCAUCGCUUGGCGGGCCAGGCCAUGCUGUUGCUCUUCUUUUUGGUCGUUCUGCCAACCAGCCUGUACCUAUCUGCGCUGCAGCGCAUCGACGUCCUGGCUCCGGCCGUUGCCGCGGUGCUUCUGGAUACGGCGUUUUGCACUGCAUUCUUCCUGUAUCGGGGCUGGCGGGUCGCGCGGCUUCGGGCCUCGUCGAAAUCCCUUGCGGUGCAUGGCAAGCUGAUGCAGUGCGGCACCAUGAUGAGCAUGGCCAUCUUGCCCCAGCGUUUCUUGCAGCUGUACCUGACGAUGCAGUUAAAGGGCCACCAUCAGGUGAACUACUCCGCCUCCAUCCUGGUGACCUCGAUCCUCUUCUUCGUCUUCGGGCACUUCCAAAAAGGACCGAGAGGCUUCAUCUGGAUGAACUGCAUCGGCAGUGACAAUGCUGAAGAGGCCUUUGGCAGCCGCCAUGCCUCCCCACUGGAGCAGUGGAGCUGGAAGCUGCGAUGGCUGGCUUACGUGCCCGUCUACUACGCGAUGCGGUUUGUCCUCGAGUAG